AUGACAACCUUGCCAUUCCCCAGUGAAAUAAAGAUUGAUAACUACCUCCAAAGUGAUAGACUAAGUGUUACAAAGACUUGGAACGCUAUUGCUUGCGUCCCCUCUGAUGAAGUAAAAAUAUCUCUAGCUAAACUGAAACCUAGUUAUGCUGCGCACAAGCUAAUUGAAGUUCUCAGUGCUGCAGGAGUCAAUGCCUUCUACGACCGCAACACAAGCAGACAUAGAAUCCUCUUAGAGUGUGCAGUCCAAAAGAAUUGGGCCUCUCUCAGGAAAUACAUUCUCGGGGCAACGUGCAUCAAGACCAAGGUCAACAACGUCAAGCAGCACAAAGUUGUUGUGAAAACAGAUGAUAUCAAUUUAUCUUUUUAUUUAUGUAAGCCAGGCAAGUUGUAUGUUGUUCAGAAUGGCAAGAUCUGCUUUAACUAUUACAAUAAAGAGGUUAAUUUCGAGCAAAAAGAUUUGAAGUCAAGAAGCUUAAUUGAACGACUAGAUUCACCACUUGGAGCCAUUUACCAAGUCCAAGAAACUAUCCCUGCCCUUAUUCCGAGUGUUUCUAAUCCCCCACAAGAUAAUCUCUUAUAUGUUCAACCAGAAACUUCUCCUGACAAUUCAUUGGAUUCACCAACUGAAUUGUAUGAUGAAUUGCCCAAUAUGUCAGUUGACCAAAACAAAUAUAUAAUUGAUCAUCAGGAAGACAUCAAUUUCUUCACGGAGUUUGAGUUUCCAGCAUUCAACCAAUCUAAUUAA